GGCCCCGAGGCCACGCCCACUUCCGACUCCUCUGCAAAGGCAUGGCUGCUUUAGGGGUUUUGCUGUCGACAGGUGUCCGGAGGCUGCACUGCUGCGCAGCGGCUCGUGCUGGCAGCCAGUGGCGGCUCGGUCAGGGCCUAGCUGCCAAUCCUUCCGGCUACGGACCCCUUACGGAGCUCCCAGACUGGUCUUAUGCGGAUGGCCGCCCUGCACCCCCAAUGAAAGGCCAGCUUCGAAGAAAAGCCCAAAGGGAGAAGCUUGCAAGACGAAUUGUACUACUGUCACAGGAAAUGGAUGCUGGAUUACAGGCAUGGCAGCUAAGGCAGCAGGAGAAGUUGCAGGAAGAGGAAAGGAAGCAGAAAAAUGCUCUUAAACCCAAAGGGGUCUCACUGCAGAGUCCAUUUCCAAGUCAAUAAAAAACAAUUCCUGCCUCAU